AUGAAAAAACUAGGCAUUAAUUACAACAAAAAAGACACGCAUUCACACACACCCACACACACAACCAAUACUGAUUUUUGGCUUGAUCACAAAGAAAGGAACAUCAUAUUGAGCAUGGCCGAAACCGAGAGAUCUCGAUAUGAACAACGAGGGAGCAACAAAUUGGACAUAAAACUCGGUGGUGGAAGCGGCGGCGGCGCUGUUGGAGUUGUUGUUCUGUUAGGCGGCGCGUUGGCUACCGCAGCCUUUGUGUUCGGCCAAAAGAGGUGGAGCUCCGGCAAGCAUAACCGCCGCCGGAAUUCAUCAACUGAGAUCGACGAGAAGAGAGAGAAAGAGCAUAAACACAUAAGGAAAGGGGGAAAAGGAGAGGUUCAGUUGGAAAAGGUUUCUGCUCACAGCUUGAAAGUGGAUGUAGAGGCAGAGGCAAUUUCUGAUGAUGGCUUCGUAAUUGUCAGGCCUUCACCAGAAAUUCCUUUGUUGGGUAAGAAAGAGGAAUUGGGCAAAGUUGUUUCGGAUGAUCUCUCAAAAGAUGAGCAAAUCUACAUUGAAGAUGAUAGUGCAGAGGGAGAAAGUGAUGGCGAUGGUGAAAUUACUGAGGCAUCUGAGGGAGAAGAAGAAGAUAAUGGAAUUGAUGAUAAGCAUUUAGAUAUGGAAGUGAAUGAAAAAGAAUUUGUGGUGUUUUGCAGUGGUAAAGGAAGAAUUAAUGAGGAGAAAUCUGUACUUCAUCUAUCACCAGCGAACAUUCUCAACGCCGAUAAGGAAGAGCUGAUUUCAACGGAAGAGGUGGAGGAAACCACGAAAAAUGGUAAAAGUGAGGAAGCUCCCCAAAAUGUGGAGCUGAGUGAGAAUGGGGAUAUGUUGCAGCAACCAGACGAGAAAGAUCAUUUGAUUGAUAACGGAGAUGGUGAAGCUACAAUGAGUGAAGUUGCAAAUGGGGAAGUUGAUAGCGAAGAUGGUGUGGUUAUGGAUUAUGGUUUUGAUAGAAGGGGGGAUUCUUCGAAGUGGGAGGCGCUAUGGCAAGCAGAAUGGCCAAAGAGGUCGUCUGUGGUGUCUCAGAGAGUCAAGCUCGUGAGCUACGAAGUGGGAGGGAAAGUUCGGGAAGAUUCUGAGGCAGUGAUCAAUAAGUAUGCGAUGGAGACGGGGAUGGUGAAGGAGGACCAAGCUAGUUCGACUAGGGUGAAAAUGAUGGUCUGGGCGCUGUCUGUGCUAUCUUCGCUCUGGUGCUCCUGGUUCUUCGACCUGUCCUUUGCUAAGCUCUGCCUAGUCGUGUUCCUCACCGCGUUCCUGCUGGAAAUCUACGGCUAUUCGCUGAUUAAUCGCCAGCACGCUGCGAAAGGGGAAACUGAGAACUUGGGUAAUAUGUGAUGAUAUUUAGUUUAGCAGAAGUUAGACUUGUCCUAAGAUUGGAGGUGUUUGUCACUGAAAUAAUGUAUUGGCAAUUUGGCAUGCUGUAAUAAUUCUUGAUCAGCUUUGAACUUUGGCAUGAAAAACACAGUACACACAGUGUGAUAGUA